AUGGUAGGAAGCGUCGUCGUAAACGACUCCGUGGUGCUUCUCCAGGUCAUCGGGAAGGUGAAGCCGCCGGCAGAGGAGAUCGAACCGGCCGAGAUCCCAACACGUUCCGCUCCGUCGGGGAGUGAAAAUGGGGGGAAGAAGGAAAUCGUGCUGGGGAGGAACCUGCACUCGUCCAGCUUCAGGAUUACAGAGCCCGAGGAAGACGAAGAACUCACCGGCGACUGCGAGGCUUACAUGGCCAGCGUGUUGGCCAAGUACAGACGAAACCUCGUGGAGAGGACCAAGCACCAUCUAGGUGAAGGAACGGCCAUCAAUCUCUUUCUGAGACGAGAGAGAAACGAUAAUCACAUAUCAAUAUUUCCUGAUCUACUGUGCUUUAGGGUACCCGUAUAAUCUAGACUUCGAGUACGGCGCUCUGUCGCAGCUCCAGCCCUUCUCUAUCAACAACCUGGGGGACCCCUUCAUCGAGAGCAACUAUGGCGUCCACUCAAGGCAGUUCGAGGUGGGGGUGUUGGACUGGUUCGCUCGCCUGUGGGAGCUAGAGAAGAAUGAAUACUGGGGCUACAUCACCAACUGUGGCACGGAAGGCAAUCUGCAUGGCAUCCUUAUCGGGUUUGUCGCUGAUCCUACAAGACCUCUCUCCCUCUCUCUCUCUCUCUAUCUCUCUCUCUCUCUCUCUCUCUCUCUCUCUCUCUCUCUCUCUCUCUCUCUCUCUCUCUCUCUCUCUCUCUCUCUCUCUCUCUCUCUCUCUCCCCCCCCUCUCGUGCGAUCCUUCUGCUUGACUGGCGCAGGAGGGAGGUCUUCCCGGACGGAGUUCUGUACGCUUCGAGAGAGUCCCACUACUCGGUGUUCAAGGCCGCGAGGAUGUACCGAAUGGAUUGCGUAAAGGUGAAGACGCUGGUCUCCGGCGAGAUCGACUGCUCUGAUUUCCAGGCCAAGCUUAUCGAGAACCAGGAGAAGCCCGCCAUUGUUAACGUCAACAUCGGUUCGUUCUGCUCCGAAUACCUCACAAACCUUUCUCUUUCAUCUUCUUCUUUUUCUUUUUCUUCUUCUUCCUCCUCUUCCUAUCGGGCACUAUCCUCAGCUCCGACGAACAUUGCGCGGCGCAGGGACGACGGUCAAGGGGGCGGUUGACGAUCUCGAUCUCGUCAUCAAGUUACUCGAGGAGUCCGGCUUCGAGAAUCGCUUCUACAUCCACUGCGACGGCGCUCUCUUCGGCCUCAUGAUGCCCUUCGUGAAACGAGUGAUCACCCCCCCUCGAUACGCCAUUGACAAGGAGCUCCCCAAGCUCGAACUGCGCUGAAUGUUUGAGAUUUCCCUUGCCGCAGGCGCCGAAGGUGACGUUCCGGAAGCCGAUCGGCAGCGUGAGCGUCUCCGGGCACAAGUUCAUCGGCUGCCCAGUACCCUGCGGGGUGCAGAUAACGCGGAAGACCCACAUCAACGCCGUCUCUCGGGACGUCGAGUACCUCGCUUCCAGAGACGCCACCAUCAUGGGCAGCCGCAACGGCCACGCCCCGCUCUUCCUCUGGUACGCGCUGAACCGCAAGGGCUACCGUGGAUUCCAGAAGGAGGUCCAGAGGUGCCUCCUCAGCGCUCACUUCUUGAAGGGCCGCCUCCGGGCGGCAGGCAUCGGGGCGAUGCUCAAUGAGCUCAGCAGCACCGUGGUGUUCGAGCGGCCUCAGGACGACGAGUUCGUCCGCAAGUGGCAGCUCGCCUGCGAGGGCAACAUCGCCCACGUAGUCGUGAUGCCCAACGUGACCGUCGAGAAGCUCUGCGUCUUUGUCGACGAGCUGGUGCGUGUCCGCUCUGUUUGGUCCAGCGGUGGCGAGAUUUCUCCGCCGUGCAUCGCGGCGGAGGUGGGCCGCGAGAACUGCGACUGUCUGCUUCACCUUCACGGCCAGUAA